AUGUCAAAUAAACUUGCUACAGAUACUGACAGCGACGUAUCCGAACUCGAUCCCAAACAACUCAGUGAAGCCUUGUCCUAUGACAAAUAUACUUGUCAACUUGGAUACGCCGAAGAUCCUGAAACACCACUUACAGCAGAUACAUUUCCAAGCAAAUCAGGUGGCAAGCCAGCUUGGUUGAAUCCUGAACACAUUCUGUCAGCCGAGAAUGCUACUUGUGGCAAUUGUGAACAGCCCAUGAGUCUUCUAUUGCAGUUAUACACACCUGAAGAUCAACCAGCUGAGGCUUUUCAUAGAACUGUCUAUGUGUUUUGCUGCAAGAAGGGUGGCUGUGUUAAGCAAGAUUGGACUAAAAGCUUUAAGGUGUAUAGAUCUCAAUUGCCUCGCGAAAAUCCUUACUAUGCGCCUCCUGUCGAAUCAGACGAUGAUGAAGAUGAAGAUGAGCAUGCCGAUCAAAAACAGUUUACACCCAAAUCCUUCAAAGCGCCCACGCAGUGUGUCAUUUGUGGCCUUGGUGGAUCUAAAUUUUGCGGCCAAUGCGGUUCAGUAGCUUACUGUUCCCGUGAACACCAAAUGUCAGAUUGGAACAUGUGUAGACACAAGGAAUUUUGCAACAAAACAUUGACUUCUGAGGAGCAAAAGAUUGUGGAUAAUUUACGUGCAGCUCGUAUCUUUUUAGAAAAGGAGAUUGUGAGUGAACCAGAGGGCAAAGACCAAGAUGAAGAAGAGGAAGAGAGUCAAGCAGCAUUUUUCAAAGAGAACAACCCAGACGAGCAACAAUCUGACUCUAAGGCAUUGGUGCUGGCAGGUGAUGAACAAGAAGAAGAUACCGAAGUAGCAGUCGAUGAUGCGUUCUUGCAAUUCCAAUUGAAGAUUCAAUUGAACCCUGAUCAAGUGAUUCGUUACGAUCGUGUUGAAUACGAUAUGCCUGUACGCGAACCUCUAUGGGUUCAAGCUAAUUACAAACCUGAAUCUAUACCCGAAUGCGACCGUUGCCAUGCUCCACGCACCUUUGAAUUCCAAAUCCUGUCUACAUUGCUAAACUUUAUCGGUGUUAAUCACGUUGCUGUCGAUUCUUUGGAUUGGGGAUCAUUGUUUGUUUACACGUGCAAAGAAAAUUGUGCACUUGGAAAGGAUACAUUUGCUGAAGAAGUGCUCUGGAAGCAAGAUUUUUCUCAAGACGGCAUGCAAUUAGGUCCAAAGGAAGCAAAACUGUUACGUCGUAAGCAACAGCAAGCGAGUGCUUCUGCCAAAUAA